AUGUCCAAUCUGCUUGCAAGUAGCUUAACUAAUAUAAUUCAGGCCGAGGGAAAUAUACACGAGUCCGCUAAAGCCCUCUUAUUCUACGCGAUCAAAUGCCACCUAGCAAUAUGUGAGGAGAGCUCACGCCUCCGUGAGUUUGAUGCUCGCGGGGUUUGGACUAUAGCAUGGAUGAAUCUUAGGUCUACUUACCCCUCGACUCUCCAUGCUAUCGGUCUUCUCCGAAGGUUGCUAGGCAUGUUCGGAGCGUCUCAGCUUUGUUAUCCGCCCCUCAUCGAUAAGCUGCAAACACCGUCAGACAACCUCAGGCUUCUGGCUUCACUACUAGGUGCAACGUCUCCCCGAAUUGAUAGGGAUUUCCAAGUUAUGCCGCUGCUUAAGAAAUAUCAUCUAUAUCAGGGGAUUAAUAUCGUCGCUUCCUCACAAAAGUACACGGAGUACAUGCCUAAGCUUUUUCUAGCACCUCCUCACGUCUUAGUAAGUUAUCCCCGCGAGUUACACAAGCUAUUAUCAAUAACGGGAAAGCUAUACGCCGAGAAACUAUUCUCGUAUCUAAACUUUUCUUAG